AUGUCCUAUUUCCCCAUCCUCCUCCGCGCGGAGCAGAAGCCCCUCGAGCAUCGAUCCUUCUCGCCAUCCGUCAUCGGCUCCCUCGUCAAGGCCGGCCACCCCGUCUCCGUCGAGCGCUCGUCCACCGACCCCAACUUCCGCCGUAUCUUCGACGACGAGGAAUACGAGGCCGUCGGCGCCACCCUCGUCCCCACCGGAACAUGGCCCAAUGCCGCCCCGGGCACCCUCAUCGUCGGCCUCAAGGAGAUUCCCGAGGAGGAUUUCGCCCUGAAGAACGACCAUCUCAGCUUUGCGCACUGCUAUAAGCGUCAGGGUGGAUGGGAGCAGGUCCUCAGCAGAUUCCCCCGCGGCGGCUCGACCCUUUACGAUCUUGAGUUUCUGGUCGAUGAGCACCAGCGUAGAAUUUCGGCAUUUGGUUUCCAUGCGGGAUUUACUGGCGCGGCGCUGGCAGUUAAGACCCUGUCCUGGAACCUUACCCAUCCAAAUGGCGAGCCACUACCCUCCGUCGCGAGUUACACCGAUGGCCGAGGCUACUAUCUUAAUCAGGACGAGCUUGUCGAGCAAAUCCGAGGCGACGUUGCUGUGAUUGAGAAGGAGCUGGGCCGCAAGCCUACUACUAUGGUUCUUGGGGCCCUUGGACGUUGCGGAAGAGGUGCCUGCGAAUUGUUCGCUGCUGUUGGACUGGAAGUGGCACAACGGAGUUCCGUGGAUGUUAACUGGACUAGGACUACUUCGUGGGACUUGCCCCAAACGAGAGUACCCGGUCCUUACAAGGCCAUUGUCGAACAUGACAUCUUCCUUAAUGCUAUUUACCUAUCCGAACCUAUCCCUCCAUUCAUCAACCAGGAGCUCCUUGCCCAGCCUGGCCGCAAGCUCGGAGUCGUCUGCGACGUUUCAUGCGACACCACCAACCCCCACAACCCACUCCCCAUUUACAGCAUCAACACCACCUUCGACGAGCCCACCGUCCCCGUCGUCAUCGAGAACGACCAGAACAAGACGCCUCUGUCGGUCAUCAGCAUUGACCACCUCCCCUCUAUGCUGCCGCGUGAGAGCUCGAUAUCGUUCAGCGAUGGCCUGAGAGAGGCGCUCCUCCAGCUGCACCAGAAGGACACUUACAGGGUGUGGACCGAUGCGGCCAAGCUGUUCAACGAGAAGGUUGCAGAGCUCCCCGAGGCUCUCCGGGUCAAGGAGGCUUAA